UCUGUUCCUACCUUCUUACACGUUCCCUUACUGCCCCCAUACCUUCCCUACCUUCCCCUAACUGUUCCUGUUCAAAACUAGCCUGGACCCCCAUCGACUCCGCUCGAGGGUCGUCUUAGUCUGGUUUACCUCUCUACCCCUUCGAUCCGCGGAAGACGGAAGACGGGAGGAAGAAGGUUGACGGCGAAGCGCAUAUGCACCUCCUCGCUCUCUGAUUGAUACAUACUUAGGUAUGGAUGAGCCAUGUCGCGGGUAAAUGGCUUGCCAGCGACAGCCACCAGGAGGAGCAGAAAGGGUGCGCCACGAAGAUUUUCGUGCGACUGGACUGGAUGCGACAAGAUAUAUUCGAGAGCCGAGCAUCUUCAGAGACAUCAACUGAACCAUGACCCCAAGACCAUCUAUAGGUGUGAUGUAUCGGACUGCAAUCAAACAUUUGUAAGGCCAGACUUACUGGCACGCCACAAGAAGCGUCAUUCGUCUUCAUACAUCCCUAGGAAUCGUACUAGUAGCUUCAGCAUCCCCUCGAAAGAGACAGCAUCAGAUCUCCCUGUGAUGCCUUCGCCUAGCAUGGCUACGAGCGUUGCUGCACCACCACGACCAGCAACAUUUCCCCAACAGCCCGCGAGUGCUCCUCGUAAUGCUUCUGUUCUCCUAACCUCUGACUCGCCGGUCCCGGCCCAACCUCCGCCGUUGCCACCUAUGGCGCCGACGCAGCCGAGUCCGCUUUCUCACAACGUGCCUUGGACAUCUCCCAUGGAUACCGUCGGACUCAUGCGCCAGAAGCCUAGCUUCUACGGUCGUGAACACGCACCGAUGCAUGAUCAUUCCACUUUCGUACCAUAUCACAACGUUCCCGGGCCGGGAGAUGCCAGUGAACUAGAGCUUCGUGAAAAUUUUGGUGUCUGGCUCUUUGACCCUCAGCAGACGUAUAGGGACCUAAGCUUUGCGAACGUCCCAUUUAUCGAGGGUGGGCUCGAGUCGCCGUUCAAUAACAAUAUCCAUUAUGACCACGAAUCACUUACCAGCAGAUCUCAGCUAGAUCUAACACCCCCACGCCACCCCGAUAUGCCCGACGAGCUUAUCUCCGAGCACCGUCGCCAAGAGGUUUUGCGAUACGUGCAAUUAUUCCACCAGAAGCAGAAUAGGUUCGACUCGAAGCUGGCUAGUCUUAUGCAAGAGGCUGGCGAUGAUAUACCUGGCCUAAGCUUGGAGUUUCUACGGGACUGCAUGCGACAUUACUGGGAUUUCGUAUCGCCAAGAUUACCCAUCGUUCAUCAGCCGACAUUUUCUGCGACGCGAUGUUCCAUCUUCCUUCUUCUGGUGAUGAUUGCUUUGGGGGCUGCCCAGAUAUAUAGCCGGGAGACGGCGCGGGACCCGUUGGAGUAUAAGGCGUUUGCUGACCUUAUCAUAUCGAAUGUCCGUUUCGAGAUAUUAACGGCCGACGAAGCUUCUCCUCCGGUGGAUUUAUGGGUUGCGCAAGCCUUACUCCUGCUCGAAUUCUACGAGAAGAUGUAUUCCUCUAGGAAUCUUCAUGAGAGGGCGCACGUCUACCAUUCCGUAACAUUGACUCUACUUAGACGAGGUAGCCCCUUAAUUGGAGGUGCGGGAGCCGAAUCGCCUUCCGACGAGCAGAACGGUUUGGAACAUCCUGCAACGUCAGAUGCGAGGACUUGGUGGGUGAAGUGGGCUAGGACGGAAUCGAUGCAUAGGGUUGUCUUCGCCGCGUUCAUGAUGGAUAUCGUCCACGCCGCAAUGUUCGGACACGCUGCCGACAUGGUCCCUCACGAGAUUCGCUUACCCUUACCAUGCGACGAGUCAUUAUGGUCUGCGUCGAGUCCUGAGAUUGUUCGUCAUCACGAUUCGAAUUUUAGGUUGUAUGGAGUGAAACCUGUCUCGUUUCUGGAUGGAUUAAAACGCGCCAUUCACGGCAAGGAAGUACAAACGCACGCGUUUGGCCGCAUGAUCAUCAUGUGUGGCCUUUUGAGUGUUGGUUGGCAUCUUAGACAUCGUGAUACUCAUCUCAAGUGGCUAGAAUUAGGAUCAACCUCCUCCGAUACCCGAGAGAAGUGGUGCAACAUGUUGUUGAAGGCAUUUGACGACUGGAAGACGAGCUUCGACGGGGCUAUUGGCUCAAGUGACCCAGAGUCGGAUAGCUCUGGACCUCAAUCACAUUCUAACGGCCUCAUCCAGAGCGCAUCGGUGCUUUACCACCUCGCUCACAUUAGUCUAUACAUCGACAUCGUCGAUUGUCAGGUUUACGCAGGAGCGAAACGAUUACUUGGCCGCAAAAUUUCCACACGAGAUUACACGAAUGUCGUUAGUCGAAUGACAAACUGGUCAAGUCAACUCGCGACGCGCCAUGCAAUCCUACACGCCUUCAAGCUGCUUCAUCGAAUCCUGGUGGAUCCUCGUCAGAAGAAAAAUAACGGCUACGUCAAUAACCCCGGGGAUAUGUUUGGAAUGCAAUACUCGUGCCGUCGCGACCCCGAUCCUCAUCGACCGUGGAUUAUGUACUACGCGACACUGAGCAUCUGGUCGUUUGUGCGAGCACGAACCCAGUCGAGGGAUCAAUCCAACACGCUUCGACCACUCCCCCAGCAGUUACAGCGCAACACAACAGGGAUUUUCGACUACCUAUCUAAAGUGACGAAACUCUCGGAACUCGAUGCUACCACACCGGCGAAUCUUCAAGACGGGUUACCCAACCUGCUUGAUGCGAUAGGGGCUCUUACAUUCGAGUCACCUUCGGAGUUGCUUAACGAAGCGUCUCGUCGACUUGAAAUAUGCAAGCAGAUGCUCUACCAUGGGGAGGCUUGAAGACCUCUUCCGAUACCUAAUUCGUACCUACCUACCUACCUACCUACCUACCUACCUAGGUAGGUACAUAUCUACUUGGUACUGGAUGGUAUCUUGUGUACAGCAUGGAUUCGAUGGGUGAAUGUGUUUACUGGCUGGAUGAUCUCAUGUGAAAUGAGGCUUCAUUACUAUUACUAGGUAUUAGGUACCUACCUGUCUACUAGGUGCCUAGGUAGGUAUCUACUUUCUCGCUCGAAACUAAUUAUUCGGAAGACCGACUUGAAAAUAGUCAGGUUCGCUAUGGGUUAGCUAUGAGUAACAUGCAUUGGGGUCAUUUCUAUCUGGGAGUAUCUUACGCAGGAUGAGUGGUCCGAUAUUACGGCUCGUUAAUCUACAUCAGGCGAUUGAGGCGCUCGAGGCGCUCGAGGUACUCGACAUUGUACAACACGGAGCGGUGGCCAUUUGAUCACAUAUAGAGGCCUGUGUGCUUAGUAGACGCGUAUCUAUUAUUAUAUUAAUGAUAACGAGACCGGAGUGGUUAUUUGACAUA